AUGGAGCGCGUCCGAUCAAACAAAUCGAUUGAUGUGGAUGAUGACAUCCCCAUGCCAGAUGAACCUGUACUCGCCAAACAUAUCGCAUCUGUCGAUAAUGUGACCAACACAGCAACUGUUGCUGCUGCCACCGCUUCCGCUCGCAGUAUAGAGGAAUUGUCCGAACUGAAUAUGCUCCACGCCUUUGAUGAUGAUACCAUCAUUCCACUGAUACUAGCUGGCUACGAGAUAGAGGACAAGUUAGUCAACGAGAAAACGUUGCACCGUGAUCAGACACCUUACACCGUCGAUACCAGAGGCUUGCGCCUGACGAGUGAGAACAAGCUGAUUGUUCCACGUGUGAAGAAGGUCAUUCGCAAAGUGAUAUCCAUCCACCAUGAUCACUGGCUAGGAGGACACUUUGAUCACAAGAGAACGAGCGAGAAGAUUAAACGUAGAUACUACUGGCUGACGAUGAACGCUGACAUCCUCAACUACGUACAGUCAUGUGUCAUUUGCAAGCUGUGCAGUGACCAUCCACCGAGGACGAUGGGCUUGCUGGAGCCCCUAACCAUUCCACAAUAUGUGUUUGAAUCAAUCACCAUGGAUAUAAUUCCAAAGCUGUCCACUCAUACUACUAAAACUGGUGUAGAGUAUGACGGAAUACUGUUGGUGUCCGAUCGAUUCUCCAAAUUCACAUGGUUGAAGCCAUUGAUCAAGGGUGCGAAGAGCAUGGACAUCAUUGAUCUGUUACAAGAGAUGUUCUGCACUUUUCCACGACCAAGUGAGAUCGUAACUGAUAACGAUCCAUUGUUCACAGCUCAUGUCUUCGUUGAAUACAUGAAGGCUAAGAAGGUCGAGAUACACAUGAGUCUACCGUAUCGCCACAACCCUAAUGGCCACUCUGAGAUCAGAGUACGACUGGUAAAGAACGUCCUGCGCAAGAUGUUGUUGCAACGUGAGUUGUUAGCAAGGUACUUGCAUGAUGAUCCAACUGGGAUCCUGGAGGAGAUUGACCUCGACGAUAGCAUGACCGACAUACGUAAGAACUGGUUCGUGUGUUUGCCACUGAUCCAAUAUGCCAUCAAUAACACACUGUCAACGUCUACUGGUAUGACGCCUUACCGUAUCAUGUUUAACAGAGAUGCCGAACCACUGACUGUUUCAACUUCGGAUACAACACCGAAAACUGUAUCUGUACAUUUGAAUGAAUGGAACAAAACAAUGAAGAUUGUGCGUGAUCACCUUCUGUUGGCAAGUAAAAACAUGAAGAAGUAUUAUGACUCAAGGAAGAGGCCGACGAACAUUCACCCUGGUGAUUAUGUGUUCCGUCGUUUGCACGACCACGAACGUUCAAAGAAGUUGGACGCGGUCUACACUGGCCCAUAUUUGGUUGUUAGAGUAAACAACAACAACAUCACCUUCCUUGAUGACACUGUCGAUCCAGCGAUCGAGAAGACUGUACAUGCUGCUCUACUCAAAAGGCUGUUCCAAGAUCACUGA